AACAUUUCUUUUUUUUUAAGUUCUUAAUUAAUAUACCAAUAUCGAAUAACAACAACAACAAAAAUAAGGUCGCUCGGUAUUUGUGUGUUUUUAGUGCUUUUAUGUCUUUAAACAACGAUCGUUCAUACAAAAUGAAACUACGCGAUGUGGAAAAUGCAUUCAAGUAUCGGCGUAUCCCGUAUCCCAAGCGUUCGGUGGAGUUGAUUGCUUUGCUGGCCAUAUCGUGCACCUUCUUUCUGUUCAUGCAUACAAAUAAAUUAAACAGUCGUCUCAAGGAAAUGGAAGUGAAGCUGCAGCCAUCCGAGUUCUCAGCAUUGGGUCUAACUGGAGGCAACAAUCACAUCAGCGGCCAUGAUGCGGGCAAACACGAUGAUAUCAAUACACUGCAUGGUACCUAUCAAUAUUUAAAAAGCACUGGCCAGAUGUCUUCGUUGAAUGAACGUGAUCUUAACAAUACACGCAAGGCCCAAAUGGAUUUAGUUUUCUUUAAUCGUGUACCCAAAGUUGGUAGCCAAACGUUUAUGGAACUUUUGCGACGUCUUUCGGAGCGUAAUAACUUUCAAUUUCAUCGCGAUGCUGUCCAAAAGGUAGAGACCAUACGUCUGGCCGAGGAUCAGCAACAGGAAAUGGCUGAAGUGAUUAGCGAGCUGCCCGAACCAUCUGUGUUCAUUAAGCAUGUGUGCUUUACGAAUUUCACCAAGUUUAAUUUGCCCACGCCCAUCUAUUUGAAUGUUGUGAGAGAUCCUGUGGAACGUGUGAUCAGUUGGUUCUAUUAUGUACGUGCCCCAUGGUAUUUUGUUGAGCGCAAGGCAGCCUUUCCCGAUCUGCCGCUACCGCAUCCAGGAUGGCUGAAAAAGGACUUUGAGACAUGCGUGCUAAGUGGCGAUCAGGAGUGCACUUACACUCAAGGUGUUACCGUCGAGGGCAUUGGCGAUCAUCGUCGUCAGAGUUUGUUCUUCUGUGGCCAUGACUACGAGUGCACACCCUUCAACACAGUGGGUGCUCUGGAACGUGCCAAAUUUGCCGUAGAACAACAAUACGCCGUUGUUGGUGUCCUUGAGGAUCUCAAUACGACACUUUCGGUGCUGGAGAAAUAUGUGCCACGUUUCUUUGAGGGUGUGCGUAAUAUAUAUGCUACCAGUGCCGAAUAUCUAACAAAGAUCAACAAAAACAACUUUAAACCUCCAGUCAGUGAACACGUCAAGGAUAUUGUGCGACGAAAUUUUACAAAUGAAAUUGAGUUCUAUCAAUUCUGUCGCCAGCGAUUGCACAAACAAUAUUUGGCAGCUCAUUUGCCUCAACGUAUUAUGACCGGAUCCUUAAAUUAGUAUAUAUAUAUAUAUCAUGGAUGAAUCUUUUUCCCCACUUGUGUAUCUAUAUCAAUUUACCCUAGGCAAGAGCGAGAGAGAGAGAGAGGCGCAGAGAGAAGGAAGUAAAUAUGAUAAAACAUUUAUGAUUUUUUUUUUUGUUCUUUGUGUUGCGCUCUAACCGACCGACCCGUUAGUCAUUUGGAUAAAAAUGUUUUCUG